AUGUUUAGGUACUGGUAUGGAAACCAGGUCAACUGCGUUAGAUGGUCAAAUGCGCUGUCGGACGAAUACAGGUUGGAAUGCGGGGUGAGGCAGGGGGGUUUGAGCUCACCAACGCUCUUCAACCUGUAUGUGAACGAACUCAUCGAGGAGCUCAGCAGCAUCCAUGUCGGAUGCCAUAUAGACGGAGUCUGUGUAAACAACAUCAGUUACGCGGACGACAUGGUGCUGCUGAGCGCCUCGGUCUGUGGCAUGCGUAGGCUGCUCAAGAUAUGUGAGGACUAUGCGGUGAGUCACGGUCUCAAAUAUAAUGAGAAGAAGAGCCAAUAUGUAGUCUUUGAGAGCGGCCGCAACAGGUCUUCAGAGUUUCCCGCAAUAUAUUUUAAUGGCAGUCCAAUGGACCGAGUAACCCAAUUUAAAUAUCUAGGUCAUGUUGUUGCGGCCGACCUCAAGGACGAUAUAGAUAUUGAAAGGGAACGAAGGGCCUUGUCGGUGCGGGCAAAUAUGAUAGCACGAAGGUUUGCGGGUUGCUCCAGGGGGGUAAAGAUCACUCUCUUUAGAGCGUUCUGUACUUCCCUGUAUACCUGCAGCCUUUGGGUUCAGUAUUCGCAACGGGCUUAUAGGGCCCUUCGAGUCCAAUAUAAUAACGCGUUCCGGGUGAUGAUGGGACUGCCUCGCUUCUGUAGCGCAUCAGGGAUGUUUGCUGAGGCGGGCGUCGAUUGUUUUCAGGCGACCUUGCGUGUGCGCGCCGCAUCCCUGGUGCGCCGGGUGCGGGACAGUCCCAACACCAUCUUGAGAAUGAUAGCGGAAAAGCCAGACUGUCCCAUAAUGCUCCACUGUGAGGGACUACAUUCCCCUACAAGUGUGAUACAGUGGUAG